AAUGGUUUACAGCAUGGUGUAGGAAAAUGGCUCUCAGUCUUAGUAACACCCUGAAGAUAUUAACAGGAGCUCGUCUCCAGUUUUUUAGUUCACACACCCAAUUUUGUGUUUGCGCUUCAGUGAAUAGUUCCGUUCAGAUUCGUGGAUAUGCUAAAAAAGCCGCUGCUAAAGGAAAAGGCAUGGUGAAGGAUGUACUCAAGGGCCCAGAGGUGUGUAAAGACCCAGUGAGGCUGACCUCAUACGCUGUGGGAGCAAACAUCUACAAACAAGGAGAAGAUCCACCACUAAAACCCAAAGAGGAAUAUCCAGCAUGGUUGUUCGAGUUGGAACUUGGUCCCCCCAAAAAACUCCACGAGCUGGAUCCAGAGAGCUAUGAAUACUGGAAGCUUUUGAGGAAGGAGCACAUCUGGCGUUUCAAUAAACUUCAUAAAGGAAAGAAACUCUGAGAAACUCUUGCAUACUUAUUUAGCUUUGAGGAACUUUCAUUGUGACAAUAACGGGAAGCAGCCGCCGGAUUGAUGCAGUUCAGGCCAUGAUCAACUUUCUGAUCUGUUAAUCAUGUGAAGUGUUUGGUUCUGUCAGACUUGCUUGUCGGUCGACACUUAUGUCAAGUGCUCUGUUUAUUUAUCACAUUGCCUCAGGAGCAACUAUUACAGAGUCUGCAGGGAAAUGUAGUUGGAAUGCGCACCAAUGUUUUUGUCCAAACAUGAAGUGUCUUUAUUCAACAUCAUAAUGUUUUUGUAUGUAAAUAAACUGAACACUGUUUGUUUUUCCUA